UUGCAGAUUAGUCCACACGAGAGGAGGAAAGACUGGAAGAGAAGGCGUGCACGUUUGCGGCGGCCAAAACCCCAAAUCCAGUUCCAUUCCAAUCGCCGCCGAGAGGGGGAGGAAAGGGGAAAAGAAAAGGAAAUCGAUGGCGGCGGCCGGCGGCGAGAACAGCGGCGCGGGCGAGGGGGAGUUCUACCUGCGGUACUACGUGGGUCACAAGGGCAAGUUCGGGCACGAGUUCCUCGAGUUCGAGUUCCGCCCCGACGGCAAGCUCCGCUACGCCAACAACUCCAACUACAAGAACGACACCAUGAUCCGCAAGGAGGUCUUCGUCUCCCCCUCCGUCCUCCGCGAGGCCAGGAGGAUCAUCCAGGAGUCCGAUAUCAUGAAGGAGGACGAUAGCAACUGGCCCGAACCCGACCGCAUCGGCCGCCAGGAGCUCGAGAUCGUCAUGGGCAACGAGCACAUUUCAUUCACCACUUCCAAGAUCGGCUCCCUCGUCGAUGUCCAGUCCAGCAAGGACCCGGAGGGCCUCCGGAUCUUCUACUACCUCGUCCAGGAUCUGAAGUGUUUUGUGUUUUCACUCAUCAACCUCCACUUCAAGAUCAAGCCAAUCCAGUCUUGAGCUCCAUCCCAAGCCUUCGUGUAACUGUUUUAUGAGUGUUUUAAGAGAGAAUUUUGUACCAUGUAAGAUGCUGUUGAGCUUGUGACGAUGCGCUUGGCUUUGUGUGGAACACUGGGUGGGAGUGGAACCUUUUGCAUUUGGAUUGUGCAAACUGCUGAGUAGCAGUGAGUUGUAAUAUUUAUGCCUUUUUUUCAGUUUUGUGUUGGGUGGAGUCUUGUCGUUUGGCACGCACUAUUCUUCUCUGUUAUCAGUGCUCCGCUGAAGGAGGCACAUCGUAGUAAUGGAUGGAUGCCCAGAUUGUUUGGUUUUCCUGGGAAUUGUGUU